UUAACUUGCACACUCAGGAAUCCAGCUGGCUUUUAUAGCUGCAAAGAGCACUGAAGACAUAACAGAGCACACAGAGCAGAUAGAACCCAAAUUCAGUAACAUUCUCUUCUCAGCUUCCAUGGCUUCCAAGCUCUUACUCAUCAUUGUCUUCGUUUUUGACUUGAUUGCUUUUGGUCUUGCCGUGGCAGCUGAACAGAGAAGAAGCACUGCUAAAGUUGUUCUGGACAGGGAUCAGAAUUAUAAUCACUGUGUCUAUGACUCAGAUAUAGCAACUGGCUAUGGUGUUGGAGCAUUUCUGUUCCUCAUGGUUAGUCAAGUCCUAAUAAUGGUGGCAAGUCGAUGCUUCUGUUGUGGGAAGCCUCUAAGCCCUGGAGGCUCAAGGGCCUGUGCAGUUGUACUUUUCAUAAUCUGCUGGGUGUUUUUCUUCAUAGCUGAGGUGUGCUUGUUGGCUGGAUCAGUGGAAAAUGCCUAUCACACCAAAUACAGGACCAUCUUUGUGGAAAACCCCCCUUCUUGCGAGAUGGUUAGGAAGGGAGUUUUUGCUGCUGGCGCUGCUUUCGUUUUCUUCACUGCCAUAGUUUCUGAAUUCUACUAUAUCAACUACUCAAGGGCCAGGGAAAGCUUCCAACCUUAUGCCGGUGGUGAGACUGGCGUAGGUAUGGGAACCUACAAAUGAGCUUGCUAGUUAGGCAUCACUAUAUCUGGACUAUGGAUUCU